CAAGAUGGACCAAGAAUAUGAUAUCCCAAAGCUCCCUAACAAAAUUACUUAGAGAGUAAGGAUGAUGAUGGCAGCCUCAGGGAGCACAUCCACAACCUCAUUGCUCCGGCAGCGCACUCUCUCCUCCUCCUUCCCCUUCUCUUCUCGUGUUCGAACUUCAGGCAGGCUAAGCUUUAUAACUCGAAAGCAGCCUGUUAUCUUCUGUUCUCUCCCAAAGACUCAACAAACCACAGCAACAGAACAUGGAGUGGAAAGUAGUAGCACUAGAAGAAGAGAAGCAAUGCUUCAGAUAGCCUUCUCUGCAGUUUUCCAAGUUGCCACUGCUGCUGCUGUUUCUUCACCUGCAGUAGCACUUGACGAAUUUCGAGUCUAUUCUGACGAUGCUAACAAGUACAAGAUUUCUAUCCCUCAAGAUUGGCAAGUCGGAGUUGGGGAAACUGACGGAAUCAAAUCUAUUACAGCAUUUUACCCAGAGGCUUCUACUUCAAAUGUCAGUGUGGCAAUCACAGGAAUUGGUCCUGAUUUUACCAAAUUGGAAUCUUUUGGCAACGUUGAUACUUUUGCAGAAAAUCUGGUUAAUGGAUUGGAUAGAAGUUGGCAGAGGCCUCCUGGAAUUGCAGCAAAACUCAUAGACUGUAAAUCUAAAAAUGGACUUUAUUAUGUUGAGUACACGCUCCAAAAUCCUGGGGAAAGUCGCAGGCACAUCUAUUCUGCAACCGGGAUGGCGCAAAAUGGCUGGUAUAACAGGCUUUAUACAGUAACUGGACAGUUUGUGGAAGAUGACUCUGAUAAAUUUGGAUCCAAGAUUCAAAAGGCUGUGCAAUCGUUCAAAUUAGGCUGAAGAGAGAAACUCGCUACACAGGAACAGCUGAUGCUGUCAGUAACCUUGUACAUGAAGGGCCAGGGCUGUGCUCUUUAGGCAAUCCUAAAAUCUUCUUAUAAGCAUCCUUUCUCUUUCACAAUAUAAUACCUCGAAUCAAUUUUGAGAAUAUCACCCAACUGCUGCAAAAUUUUGCCACUCACACUGUUUGCCCAACAGCAUCACAUUUUUGUUUAUACUUGAAGCUAAGAAAUUCUUCAGAUAAAUGUAUAUUGAAACUUCAAACUACUAAUACUACACUAAAAUGCUUCUUGUCAAAGCAGUAAA